AAUGCCGCAUCGCGCGGCGCACAUGUGAUCGCCGUGGCGCGGACCGUGGGUGGGCUCGAAGAUCUCGACGAUGACAUCCAGGCUCUGGGGUCAUCGACCACGCUGGUGCCGAUGGAUUUGACCGACGGCGAAGCGAUCGACCGGCUGGGCGCGGCGAUCUUCGAGCGCUGGGGCCAGCUCGAUGGGCUUAUCGGCAAUGCGGGCGCGCUGGGCGUAUUGAGCCCCCUGCCCCAUAUCGCGCCCAAGGACUUCGCCAAUGUGUUCGCGGUCAAUGUGGGAGCCAAUUACCGGCUGAUCCGGUCGCUGGACCUGCUGCUGCGCCAGUCCGAUGCCGGGCGGGCGGUGUUCAUCUCUUCGGGCGCGGCGCUGUCGGCCAAGCCCUACUGGGGAUUGUACGCAGCCUCCAAGGCGGCGCUGGACGCGAUGGUAAAAUCCUACGCUGGGGAAAUGGCGAUCACCGAGGUGAAAGCCAAUAUCUUUUAUCCCGGCCAAGUGCGCACCGCCAUGCGCGCCAAGGCGAUGCCGGGCGAGGAUCCCAAGACCCUGCCCUCGCCCGACGAGGUGGCGCCAAAGAUCGUCGAUCUGGUUUCGGCCAAUUACACAAAGACCGGCAUGCGGGUGGAUAUCCUGCAGGGCGAAGAGACCGCCGGUCAGGCAGAAGUCUCCGGCCAGGCUUUCCUGCGCCGGAACGACGGCAUCGUUGUAUACGGGGCGGGCAGCGAGGUGCUGCUCAUUCCGAAAACCGCCUAUUCCGACGAGAGGAUGGAACAGAUCUAUGGAUCUGGAAAAAUAUCCUACUUCGGUCGAACCUUCACCAAUGACGAUCCGGACUACUACAAUUACGCGCGAACCGCGAUUGCAGAUGGCGAAGGGCGAUUCAGCUUCAACAAUGUCGCUAACGGCGAUUACUACCUGAUCACCACCGUGACGUGGAUGGUUCAGUAUGCCCAGCAGGGCGGAUCGCUGAUGGAACGUAUUUCGGUACAAGGCGGCCAGGACGUCAACGUCAUCAUGCGGGGCUAUUAG